GUUGCGAUUAUACUGCACGCACGGUUUUGCUGGCUGUUCCUUUUUGUUUGGUAAAGAUAGUUAAAGCAAUACGAAGUUCAUUAAUUGUGUUACUUGAAAGAUCGCAAGAAGCAGUGAAGCAUGCAGUACGCAUAAACAUGAGUGGCGAACCUGAACGUAUCGGUCAGCUCCUUUCAAAUAGAAAGGUGUGCGACAAAUUGCUUGCUGGGUUACUAAACGAACUUGAAACGAAGCACAAGGAUCAGAUAGACCUGAUUUUGAAGGAGCACCCGCCCGCUUCAGAUGAAAAUGCAGCCUUGAAAUGUCAUCCGCACACUCACGGCCAACCCGACUAUAAUGAGACGAUCAACAAAUUUGCUCUUCAUCCUCCUGUUGCUGCACUUCGAGAUCAGAUUAUUAGUGACCCAGAAAUAAACAUGUUUUUUCAUCAAAUGUUCUGGCAACAACGAACGCUGCCAGAUAUUUCGGAGGGAAAGAAAAUCUGGUGUUGGCAAAUCAUGAUUCUUCUUAUCAACAUGAUCAUGAGAAAGGCACCCGAGUAUAACAAAACUGAUUUUGUUGGUUGUCCAAUCAGCGUGAUCUUGAACUGGCCGAUGGCAACUACGGCUGGUUUUGCCGCGUUCCUGAACGAAAAGGUGAACAAAUUAUUCAAGAACAUCUUAAAUUACUGGGGCGAGUAUUUGUCCAGCUAUGAGUCUACGUAUGUCUUGAAUGAAGACAAAGAAUCAGGUUGGUUUGGUGAAGAUGCGAUGGAAGCAAUGCCAAAUUUUGUUCAAGAAUUUGAAUGUGAUCCUACUAAACCACACUAUGGCUACACAUCGUGGGAUGAUUUCUUCGUUAGGAAGUAUCGGCCUGGAAUACGGCCAGUCGAAUCUCCUGAUGAUGACAAUGUCGUAGCGAAUGCCUGUGAGUCUGCACCCUUCAAACUGGCACAUGACAUCAAACAACGAGACUGGUUUUGGGUCAAGAAACAGUAUUAUUCACUGGAUCAUUUGCUCAACAAUAAUGCGAUGGCAAAGAAGUUUUAUGGUGGAACCCUCUACCAAGCCUUCCUCAGUGCAAUCAGCUACCAUCGAUGGCACAGUCCCGUCUCUGGUCAAAUUGUGAAAACAGAGUUGGUCGAUGGUUCUUACUACAGCCAACCUUACAACUUUCGAGACAAUGAUUCUCAGGGUUACAUCUGCCAAGUUGCUGCAAGAGGUAUCAUCUAUAUCCUGGCCGACAAUCCUGAUAUUGGUCUGAUGGUUUUUGUCUCUGUUGGGAUGUCCGAGGUCUCCACUAAUGAGAUUACCGUGAAAGAAGGUGACUACAUUAAAAAGGGAGAUGAAAUUGGAAUGUUUCAUUUUGGUGGCUCAACUCAUUGCCUCAUUUUCCAGCCAUGGGUGAAAGUUUCGUUUGAUUUACGUGGCCAAACACCUGGCACACAUAAAGAGCUGUUUAAUAUCCCAGUACGAUCAAGAAUUGCCGUCAUUUCUAAACCGAACGGUAAAGGAGGCAAAUGACAUUCAUACUUGACUUUUUCUCUUUCACUAUUAAUUUGCUGCUCGGUAAUUUGUUGUAGCUAUACUAAAGGGGUGUUGUAUGCUAUUUGUUUAGCAUUUGUCUAACGUUAUCAUUAUACACGAUCAUUAGAAAUUGGCUUAAUUUUGUAUUUUCUGCAUGAUUUCAAUAUGGCAUUGUUGUAAAAUCUGGCAUUUGUUAU